CGUGAGACUAUUUAUCAAUACCCACUAUUUUCACGAAAUCCAAUGUGUAACAAAGAAAUCUCCUGACUCAGAAUUCCGGCGCGCAGCUUGUGGUUCUCAUUGGCCUAGAAAGGGUGUUCCCUGGCGACUACAUGGUACUCGGCGCCAAUGUUGCAGAAUGCCCCGAUACGCUACGUCUAGGGUUUCAAAAUCGCAGGAUUUGAGCCUAUCACCAACGCAAUUUCUUCCUAAAAAGAAGAAGGUCAUGUUUAUGGUGGCGACUUUGGUACCUGAUGUGCCUAUAUACUGACGUUGGUUUUCCCAAUUCCCUUUUCGCCGUCAUUUCCUCUUUUAUCCCCCACCUUUUCAUACAUAUUCAACCACCCAACCGUGAACAACGCCUUAAUAAUUACGCCUAUUUACUAUCACCAGCUCAAAAUAAGGCUCUACAACCAUGUUCCGCUCUUUCGAUCUAUUAUUUUACUAUUAUAUUAUUAUUGGGUUACUCUUGACACAAGCGACAGCCCAGAAUAUCUUGGAUGCGGAAACCCAGGAUAGCGCUAAAGCGUCGUAUAGCUCUAUAAGUGUUUCUACUCAAGGGAUAAUUGUUAUGUGCGCUAUCAUAGGGAUUGUUUUGGUUAUAGGACUAUCUUUCACUGCUAUUUUAAUCAUUUCGAAGAGGCGUGGAUGGACGAUAGUCGAAACAAUCUGCUAUCCAGUACGACGGGUAUUUAAAUCUAGAAAGACAACGUCUACUACCGGAUCCACCAAGGAAUCAAAACUAUCCGACGGGGAGCUUUCGAUAAGCACGCUGGAAGGAGUGAAAUGCCAAAAGCCAAAGCAUAGCACAUCAGUACGGCACAAUCAAGCAGAUCCAGAAAAGGGACUCAACACAGUGCCUCAAAUAACCACGACCAUCGUGGCGGAUGGAGCUUCCUUUGAUGACAAACGAAACACCAGAGGAUGGGGAACGCUUUUCACAUUUGGGCGGCCUUGAGCGAGAUGGUACUGGUUUAUUUGCUGGUCAAAUGUUCUGGUUUUGAGCUUGUGAUACUUCGGCGAUAUUUCUUAUAUGCCUUAUGAGUUACGUCUGGUUUUAGGUGUUAUUUCUCUUAUAUAGUUAAUCGACAUUUACAUUCCAACCUGGGGCUUAGAGCUAGCAGCUAAAUAAAAGAGACGGGGAAAUAAACGCCCCUAGCCUUAGGAACAUG